UUCCCAGAUUUCAUAUGCACGCAUGAGGACGAGGCAUUGGUUGAACUUGUUAGUUUGCAAUUAUUUACUACGGGGUCGUCUAUAUAAUCCACACCAGCUCUCAGCGUCACAUUCACUUCGUUUUGAUCAGUCGGUCAGUCAGUCGUUGAGUGAGGAGUGGGAGAAUUUUUCAAAAUGACGCUGCCCUCGAUAUUAAGGCAGCCGAGUACGAAAGUGAAGAAUCCGAAUAAGAAGUCAGAAGUGAGUUUGCUGCUGGACCCCACGAGUGACACGUUUUUGCCCCUUCGUGACAUCAGCAUCGACCAAGAGUUCGAAGUCAUCAAGAACCUUCACGAGGGCUUUUUCUCCAAAGUGCGUCUCGUUCGGAGGGUGGGUUCCCAGUCCAGCGAGAAGGAGCGCCUCGUCCUCAAAGUUAUUCCUCACCAGUCCGUGGAGGACUUUUACCGCGAGUUGAACUACAACUACUUCUUAAGUCCGCAUCCCUCCGUGGUCAAAUGCUUCAACGUGACGAUCGUGUGGGAGGACUCGCUGGUGUUCCCGAUGGAAUAUGCUCCUUGUGGGUCGCUGAGUCGCUUCAUUAGUCCAGAUUCGCUCCUCAGCGAAGCCACAGUCAAGCUGGUUGCGAAACAACUCGCCUCCGCUCUCGACUUUAUUCACUCACUUAAACUCGUGCAUCGUGACAUUUCCCCAGAAAAUGUUCUCGUCUUUCAGCAAGAUCUGAGCAAAAUCAAACUUUGCGACUUUGGGGCCACCCGACCCGAAAAGAGUCUCGUAGUUUGCGUCAAGCAAGAAUCAUCCAAAGAACUGUUCCAACUUUCCCCAGAAAUCUGCCACUUGGUUAACGGAGAGAGUUACUACGUGCAUCGCUCCUCUGACGUAUGGCAGCUGGGGAUCCUGAUCUACCUGCUCCUUUCCGGAGGUGUGGAACCCUGGCAAAGCGCCGACGAUAUUUCCGACCCUGUUUUCUCAGAGUGGGCCAACUGGCUGCGAAGGAAGAAUCUCAGAGUUCCCGAACCUUUUCAACACUUCAGCCCACGACUCCUCCGCCUUUUCAAACGCCUAUUCGAACCCAAACCGAAGAAGAGAUGUGACGCCAAAGAGUUUUUCAAGUACUUGGAGGACGACUGGAUCGUGGUCAAGUUGGUCAGAGGAGGCUCCUUUCGUCGCAGCGUGUUGGAAAGGAAGGCGUCCAGCUCCACGAAUCGGUCCCGUUCCUCGGGCACUGGACGAAGCAGGAACAGCUCUCUCAAGAGAAAGUCCCUUCGCAAUUCAACAAAGUCCAACUCCCUCAGCCAGGUCAAUGCCAACGUGGUGAAGGAGGGCAGCCUGGACCCGGCGGAGAGUGGGUCUGGCGUGCGGGACAAGUUGAGCGAGGUGGACCGAGACUUCGUCAAGGAACGAGUUGGGCAGUGGAUCCUCGAGGCCUCCAUGUCCGUCGCUCCCUCGAGCACAAAUAUGCUCAGAGUGCCCUCCGUCUAACCUCCAGAGGAAUGGAGUACUGUUAGCAAAAGACUGAUUGCAAUUUCAAAAAGAGAAAGAAGUACAUAUCUCAAAAUAACCAUGUUACAUAGGAAUAAUGUAACGAUGACGUGGUAUUAUGUAUACAGAAGUAAUAAAUGGCAUGAGUGAGCAUGGAAUACGAGAGUA